AUGCGGAGCCUCCAUAUGCUAUGUGCAGCUAUGUGUAAUGUGUCUGCUAUCGUAUUAUUCUUCCGUUGUCUUCGCAAUCAUUCUACAGGGAUCGCACCUUCUCCUGUAGGUCUUUACAUAGAGAUACAGCUGCAUCACGCUGGGCGGUCAACUCUUCCUCUUCGAUGGACCCCUCCAUGUUCGGGCGCAAGUACAACGCGUAGCGCUGAUCGUGUUAUCGGUCCAACAAAGGGAGACAGGGAGUGGGGUUCAAGGAGUUGCUCUAUUUUUCAUGGCGUUGUCUUGUGCCGUUUCGAGUAUUCCGCGUGGAACCGGCGAUGGCGCGCCAACCGUCCAUGUUCGUUGAUGGUACAGGACGUGGACGUGGACAAAUGGGAAUUUCCAGGUUCUACUGAAGAGGAGAAUGACUCAGUUACUAUCGAGAGCGGCGUUCGCCGGGACCAAAGCGACAACAACACUAGUGCAACAGAAAGUCAUUACCGAAUGCGUUCGUCCUCCGACCCACAUCUCGAAGCCUAUAUCGGCGCUGACGACUACCUCGUCAUGGUAGUCGCCGCUGCUUCCUCACGCCAAAAUUCGAGAGGCAAGGGCAACGGUGCCGACGUGGUGGUGGGGUCAGGACCCUCGAAACCCCCACCGCGCGGCAGAAUCGGCACUGCACGCUCUGCAAACUUCGUUCAUGGAAGGGUAGAGAUAAGUGCAAAGGUCUCCUCCAGAGGUUCAUCGGGCUUCUGGCUCAUGCCGUCCGACGCGGGCACUGUCGGCCAUACACCCUGCGCUCGCGUCGCCAUUGCCGAGAUUCGGGCAAGGGAAUACCACGCGGCUGAUAGCUCCGGACCCGACAUCACUGCCUCCCUGGGCUUCGGAGGCUACGAGGAGGAUAGGUGGGGUUGCACCAGCUCGAGCUCUUGGCCCGACAAAGGCGGUGGUUGCAGCUUGCCCGCAGAGCACGGCGUCGACUGGAGCGACGGCUUCCACGUGUACGCGUUAGAAUGGGAAGAACGAGAAUUUCGCUGGUAUGUGGAUGGCCGUCAGUACUGUAAGAAGAGCGCCUGGUUUGCGAAGCACCCCGGCGAUUUCCCGGCCCCCUUCAACAAAGCGUUUCACCUUGAGAUGGGGGUAGCAGUUGGUGGCGGUGAUGAUGUUGGCGAUGUUGACAGCGCAGAAGAAGAGGAUCCCUCGUCGGCCUCUACAAGGGCCCUUCAUUCGCCCUCAGUGCCCCCGGAGAUGCUUGUGGAUUACGUCAGAAUCGCCCAGGGCCCGAACGGUCAGUGGGUGCCUCCGCUGGAAUCCAUUGCAGCCGACGGCGGGCUACAGCCCGUUGCCCUCGACGGGGUGACGUCGUCAUCGCCAAGAGCGCUCGACGUCAUCAUCAACGUCCUGGCGGUGUCGGCAUGCGUUCUUGGUCCCUACAUGGCGAUGACCGGGUUGAGCAAGUCUUCUUCCUACCACCCGCCCGCCUGCUCCCGGCGUUUCCUCAGCCGCCCCCGCACCAACACCAUCUUGAUGGGAAUGGAGAUUGGUGCGUUCAAGGCGGCCAACGCUUCAUACCUCAUCUCCGGGAGCUAUGUGAUGGCCUUUGUGGGUGCAGUCACCUUCGGGAUGCUGGUCGGGUACCUCGCGCUUCACCAUCGAGCUAUGGCCCGAUGGAACACUGUGGGCGGGCUCGCGGUUCCUGCACUCUUUGUGGUCACCUUUGCUGUGUUGGUGUUCCCGUCAGAGCACCACGCCAAGGGUUUCGUGGUGGCGACGGCGGCCACGGGGAGCUGCGUGCUGAAGCUUGGGCUCGGCCGAUUGCUCGGCGAGUCGGGAGAGAUAUUCAAGAUCCUUGACGAUCCACUCGGCGACUGGUGCCACGUAUCGAGGGUUUGCCAAUCUCUGAUCUACGUGAUGGGAGCGAUGUUCUUCAUCGGCCUCUGCUCCCAGAGGUGUCUGAGACCGAUUUCCAAGGACGUCAACAAUGAUGGUGUUACCGCCAGCCUCGAGAAACAGAGGAGCGCUCUCUUUACGCCACCCCGGGCCCGAUCUCCGCUGGGAGCGUCAUCCGCGCGGUCCAGCGCACACACGCUCACGAGACAGGAUACCUGUUCCACCAGCAGCGACUUCGAGAUCGACGACAGUCAAGGAGCGAGCGCCGGGGGCCAGCGACAAUCCGGUGGCUGUGGCGGAGAUAAAGCUGCUGGACGGCGGCAAGGAAACGAAAAGAAGGGUUUCCUCGAGUACGACGAGGACGAAGCCUUUAUCCUUGGGAUAGGGGGACGACAAGGACGAGCACCAGGGGCGUGGGAGCGCGUAUCUGCUGUGACAAGGAGCUUUCUACAACGAGUGCUCCGUCCUUUUUCCUCGUUCCGCCGCCACGAACAAGCACCGGUGAGCGUUACCCCCGACAGCCCGACACCGGUCCCGAUGCCACUCACCGGAGUGGACUCAAACGCCGUUGUUUCCAGCGAGGGCGACACGAUCGAGCUCGUCAUUCACAGCCCGCACAAGAGGGCUCUGCGUCCUCAUCGACCGUCGGGGUGGUUCGGCAGCGGUGACAGCGGCGGCGAUAACAGCGGUGGCGGCGGCGGCGGUGGCGGCGGAAGUGAUCACCGUCAAUCGAUGCCACAGCUUUGCCUAAGGGACGGAGAAGACGGGGGUAACGACAGGGGCCUAUCCUCCCCGUCAACUAACGACUACGAAGACGCGCUGAGUAUCCUGUCCGCCUCGGAACUGGUCACGCCGGACGCAGAAGUACCGGCAGCCAUAGGGCCGGCGGUCGCGAGUGCCGGCUCAACCAAUACCGAGGGAGGCCGAAGCGGACGGCUUGCUGACGCCUUUUCUGAGAAGUGGGGGUCUUGGGUGCAAGACGUAAAUUCUUCCGACAGUAAUGACGACGGUUCAGGCGAAGGAAGGCGUGACGGUGGACGUGAUGGUAGCGGCUAUCGACUUGCCUUCCAAGACAACGGAGAGGAAAGUAGCACCGUCGCUGGUGGCAGCGGUAGCGGCGGCGGCGGCUGCCGCAGCGCGCGGGAGUUUGACAACGAGGCUCUUCUGCUCAGCCCCUACCGACAGAACCCAGACGAAGACCCGCCGUACUCCAGCGCCGCCGCCGCCGCCGCCGUCGCCGCUGCCGCGGGAGCGACCGAAAGGGAGCACGACAGUGACGGCCAGGCCCGGACUCACACCCCGUGUUCAUCAUCGAGCAGUUCCGUCUACGAGGAGAAGUGGCUGUGGCGCCAUCGCGAUGGGGUUCUCCCCCCCACGAGCAGCUGCAACAGUAGCGACUCUGCCGGAGCAUGCGGGCCGGAACACAGCAGCGAUUACGGUCCACGAAAAUUCCCUCCGACACGGCCGCCUGAGACUGGCGCCGCUAGGGAAACCUCCAGCCGCAGAGAGAACGAGGACGACGUCGACUCGAGGCUUGAAACUGCAACAGCGGUGCCAAGUGCUAGCCCCCAAGGUCAACAGCCGUACGGAGAAUCGAAGACCGGUUCCCUGCUGGAGAUUGACCUCUGAAGAAGGAACGGUGCGGCCUGGUCGCGACAAGUGAAAUGACCUCGAGCAUGGCCAGGUCGGGACAAGUAAACUGUUUGCCAGCAUGGUUAAACCAUCGUCCCCAACGCGUGUGUGCGUUCCAGUACUCGUAGUACUGAAAAUGGGUUUGUUACUGUAGGGGAAUCUGGCAUUAGGUCGGGGCUGAGUGUCGUAUGAGGUCAAAGUUACAGAGAAUCUCACCCAGCGAACGAUUGACAUAGUCACACAACAGAAUCCACAAGAGGACGUUUAAAACGCAAGCGAUUAGCGUAAGCACAUAUCUUUGGCCUGUGAAGUUUGUGUUUCGUUGUCUAGAGCCGUUCAUUGUACAGUCGUAUUUUCCCUUCUUGUUUCGGUCACGCAUUGCAUAACUUGGUUCGGCGUAUCACGGUGUACAUGAGACAUGAAAAGGCCGUCAGUUGUGGUUUUUUCCGAAACCUCGUAUUCGUCAAGGUUUAGUGCUGCAAUGGUGUUCGUUCCUUCCACGUACAUGUGCGAGUGUUUCAGUCGCGAGUUAGAUGUUGACUUCACGAAGGGAUCUACUUUCACAUAGUAUGUGAAAUAUGUUGUAAACUAGAAGUAUCUGCGUUGAGGGUGCAUACGUCCAAAGUUGGUGAAGUUGUUCUCCUUGUGAUCGCUUUUCAGGCGUGGUGGAUAGGACACCGCGCACGGUCAAAUCAAAGGCCGAGGUUUGUGUGGUCGCUUGUUAACGCGAACUACGCACCUUGGCACACGCGAGCGCUUGUGAAUGGUGGUGUCCGUUGUAUUUCUUUCGCGUCCGAAAGAAGCUGAGGUGAGACUCUCAUGAAACUCUCAAGAAAUUUCGGCUAGAUACUGGGCUUAUAUCGACAAUUCCUGUGAAACAGUUGCAGCUAUUUAGUCAUUAGUACGGUUGAUUACCUUGACUUUAGCUUUGAUAUCCGCUGGCUAGGGUUCAUCUAUUACUGGGGGUAGCUCGGGGUUAGCUCAUGCAUGGGU